AUGACCGGAGCCACCGAUGAUCGCGGGACCUUCCCGCCUCGCUCAAUCAAACACAAGCGUAGCGACAUCAACGAUAGUGGGAACAGUGGCGGCAGCGCUGAGCCCAAUGAGAUGCGCCUCAAGGCAGCAGGCGACCUUCAGGCUGUCCCAGGCUCCAAGUUAUUUGCGGUUGAGAAAGGCGUGUCUCGCGACCCGUUCUCUGCCGUGGUCACCCCGGCCCACACUUCCACAACAACCGGAGCUUCGUCGACGGACUCCACUGCGACCGCCGCCUUGACUCGUUUUCUUCCCGAGGCUCAGACCGAAUCUGACGACUACAUCAGUCCGAUCGACAGGAACACUCGCCUGUUUUUCCAAGCCAUUGUUGAACUUCCGGGAGAGCUUCGCAAUGCUAUCUAUGAGGAAAUCAUGAAAGCGUUUAUGCCACCGCAGACGUUCAUCGAAAAUCCUGGACAGCGCCUCGAGGAUCUCACUGAAGGUCAUGCCAGAGAUAAUCUCAAAGUUGGAAAACCGUUGCUGGAGCUUAUUAAGUGCAUAUUGUGCUCCCCGCGCUACCGCUUACGUUCAAUCAGCAAGAGAGAUAAGAAGAACACUGCUCGUAAAGGCAGAAGCGAGAUUCUGGUCGGUUUCCGCAAUUGCGCAUUGCGCGCGGUGCCCAUGCUGCGCAGGGAGUUCCUCGACUUCUUCUGGAAUCAGUUUGACGUGCACUUCUGUACCAGCCUUCCCGAGUUGUAUCAGAUCCCACACGUCUUCAACUUCUUGCAGCAUAUCAAGCUCAUAACGUUUGAUGUACACGAGAUGUAUCUUCUCAAACUUCUCAACAAGAUGGGCUGUAUCCGGCAACUUGUUGUAGCACUUGAAAAGUCGGCUUUUGUUGGCGAUAUCCGCAUCCUGGGUUCCGCUCUUGGAGUCAAAGCCGUCGAUGAUACUCUGGAGAGAGUUUUGAUCUACUGGAACUAUGGAAACACGGCAAAAAAUGCCUGUCAAGCCGUACAGCUGGCUGAUAGUCCUUGGAAGCACAUGAUCAAGACUUUCUGCGAUCGCACGGACGAAGAGCGCGCUGAGUCUCCCAACGCAUUCCUGAUUAGGCCUAUGGAUAUGCGCUUGUCGACUCGCACCAAGGGACUUAGGUUGAACAAAAAGAAGCGUCCUGUGAUGGUCUUUGAGGGUGGCCGUACCAAACGUCAGCUUACAGACGAAGAACUUGAAGAAGUCCUCCCUAGCAGGCAUAUCGACCUGCUUAUCAAGUCUUACCAACGCGAUCGCCAGGCCCGCCUGAUUACUGAGCAAGAAUUCUAUGUCAGGAUUGCCUACUACAAAGAACGCUACCCCGACGACAAAGGUCUCCUUACUAACUACUAG